GCUAGCUCUACUCAACAUUCCCAUGCAGGCAAAAACAUUUUGUCAGACAAACUCAUAUAACGGCACAUUAAUAUCAGUAAAAAAGUGUAGACAUGACAGAACCAGCACGGCCAUGGACAGAUGAUGAUCUCAUUGGAGAAAAAGUUGGCAAGAAAGAAAUGAUUAUAUGGCUUCAAGAAAAUGCCACAGGAGCUUUCCUACUAGAACACAAGUUAAAAGGUGCUGUUAAAAAUGUCAACAAAAGCAAAACAAAGGAUGCACUAAUUGAAGACUACAAUGCCCUUUAUGAAACCAAGUCAUUUAAGAAGGAGGGUGAAGAGGAGGAAGAAAUGAAGAAAGUUGUAGAGAAGACUGAAUCUUUAGAUAUCAAAGAUGCAUCCACAGAAGCUGCAGCUAAAGACGAUGGUGUUAUCCACUUUAAAAAGAGGACCAUUAAAAAAGGCAAUAAGAAGGACUUUCCCAAGAAAGGGGACCAGGUCCUUGUCUACUACACUGGCAAACUGGCUGAUGGAACAGUUUUUGAUAGCAACACUCAGGUCAAACCUGGAAGGAAAGGAAAGAUGAAGGCCCAGCCAUUGAAGUUCAAGCUUGGAGUAGGAUUAGUCAUUAGAGGGUGGGAUGAGGGCAUCAAGACGAUGAGUAUUGGAGAAAAGGCGGAGCUAGAGAUUGAACCAGUGUGGGCUUAUGGAAAACGAGGUCUUGAGGCCUCAAAAAUUCCUGGAAAUGCAACACUGACGUUUGAAGUUGAACUUAUUGGCAUUGAAUAGCAGCAGUGAACAUCAAUGACUGUAUAUUUCAAACUUAGUUAUUGAAAAUUGUGUAUGUGACAUGAGGGUCUAAAUAUAUUUGCAUAUGGUGUAAUUGGCCCCUUAAGCCUAUAUUGGCCCCUUAAGCCUAUAUUUCACUGGGUGUUUCAAUCGAAGCAUUUAGCUCUCAUUCAAAAUCAGCAAUCAAGAUAUCAUAUAUUUCUUAAUCAGUUGUUGGUAUUCUUUGUAUAUUGUUGGUUUAAUGGGAUGGCAUUUCAUGGUUCAUUGAAUUUUGGGAAUUUUCACUAAGCAAUAUUUCAGGCGCAUUUAAUGACCCACUUGUAAAUAUAUUGUACUAUAAAUUAGUCUUUUUGCCAAAUUUUCAUCAAUCAUUGUCACUUUUCCAAAAUUAUUUUUUUAUUCAUUCGAUUCAAUGUGUAGUUUUAUGAAGUCAUGCUUCAAUUUUAAUUUGCCAACUCUUGUGGAGAUAAACUGAGAUAAAAUCAAUGAAUUGUGCCACAACACAAGUAAAAAAAGCAAGGGAAUAAACCAAUGGAUUAUGUGACAAC